AUGAAGACCUUUACAUUCUUCCUUGCACUCUUUCUUGCUUUCACGGUUAUUACCGCAGAGGAUAACGAAGAACAAUGGUUUGCCAGCUCCAUAAAUCCUUUUGAUCAAAAGAAACGGGACAUUUCGGCUAAAAUCACCUUUUAUGAAGGACAUUCACUUGAUAACGCUGCUUGUUAUGGUCGUGAUGGACUUCCUGAAUAUGACGCAAAAUCAACUGAUUUCAUUGGUGCAAUGAAGGGCCUAAAUAAUUGUUACAAAUGUCUUGAAAUAACUAAUCCAAAGAACAAGAAGAAAGUUGUCGUCAAAAUUAUUGAUAAAUGUGCAGGUUGUAAAAAGAAUCAGGUUGAUUUAACAAGAACUGCUUUUUCUAAAAUUGCAAAUCCCGAUGAUGGAAUAGUAAAUAUUAAAUUUAGAGCUGUUUCUUGUCCAUCAAAAGUUUUUAGUCUUGGUGGGUCUAUGCUUAGUGAAAAAUUUUGUCUGGAGUCGAGAAGCAUUUCCGUUACUGAAUUUAUAAAUUAUGCUCUUCGAGCUCAUAAACGUGAUCCAUUUAUCGAAUUCAUAAAGGGAAUGCUUAUGACCCCAUUCGUUCUUCACGCGAGACCACUUCCACAUAUCUAUGAUCCAACUGAAAAGGAGGAUUCCCCCGGUGACGAUGAUUAUCAUAUGGAUGCAAAUGUUGCUAGGUAUUGUGACAUUUUAUCAAGCAUUGAAGAAUUGAUCAAUGAGCAUAUUCGAAAACAAGCUAAAGGUGUUCCUGACCAAUCAAGACUUAAAAGACUUGUUCCUUCCAUAUCAACUUUUCAUACUCAGUUACCGCUACGCGAAUCAUUUUUGUUAGCUAACACCAAGCAUUCUAUUGCUGCGCGUAGAUUUGUACCUCCAAGCUUCAACGAUAUUCGAAGAAUAUUGAACACGGCACAGAACAUUGCAAUCGCGCCAAAACUCAAAUUAAUAACAUUUGAUGGGGAUAUGACACUUUAUGAUGAUGGGAAAGAUUUUGAGCAUGAUUCAGAAUUGGUGAAAUUACUUAUGAAGUUAUUAGAACACGAUCUGUAUGUUUGUGUGGUUACAGCUGCUGGAUAUCCUGGAGAUGCUUCACGAUACGAACAAAGACUAUCUGGUUUAUUAAAAGGGUUUGAAAAUGCACGACUGUCAAAAGAGAUGUGUGAAAAGUUUUUUGUGUUGGGAGGUGAAUGCAAUUACCUUUUACAAUGUCAAGAUAAUUAUCAUUUAAAAUAUCUUAAAGAAUCUGAGUAUCAACCACAAUGUAUCCGCUCCUGGAAACCUGAUCAAAUUAAAGCCAUAUUGGAUUUAGCUCAAGAGAAUUUGCAAAGAUGCAUUGACGAUAUGAAGUUGCCGUGUACAGUUUUACGUAAAAGCAAGGCGGUUGGUAUCGUGCCUAAACCUAAUGUAAAGAUAUUUCGAGAACAGUUGGAUGAGUGUGUAUUAUCUACACAACAUCGAAUCGUGAAUUAUCUACAAUCACCACGGGGAAGUGAGAAUUCACUGCCAUUUUGCGCAUUCAAUGGUGGGAGUGACGUAUGGGUAGAUAUUGGGAAUAAACUUAUAGGGGUACAUAUAUUACAAGAAUUCCUUGGCGCAAAGCCUCAUGAAACUUUACAUGUUGGGGAUCAAUUUUUGUCUACCGGAAAUGAUUUCGCUACAAGGCAUCAAUGUUGUACAUUAUGGAUUGUUAGUCCUGUUGAAACACAAAAUGUGUUGGUCGAAUUAACCGCAUUAUUGGAAGCGAAGAAGCCAGAACGAGUUGUAAAAUAA